AUGAGCACCACCUCAUCCACCCCUUCCACCUGCAUUCCCCACGCCCUCACCCACACCCACACCCACUCCCGCAUAACCCGCCUCCGGUUCCGACGGCUCCCCCCGCCAGUUCUCCCCCAAUCCCAAUCCGGCUGCCGACUGCCAGGCAAGCCAACGAGUCUGUUAGCCAAGCCGCAGGCUGGAGCUGAAGCCGAAACUGGAAAUGGAGCUAAAGCUGGAGUCCGUGGACCACAGGCAGCUCCGGCUCCUGCUGCUGCAUUUAGUGAACAUAAAACCAACAAGAGCCCCGUCGCCGGCGAGGAAAAAAUGGGAGUGAAGAGCUCGGGCGGCGGCAAAAACGGCAGAGCAGAUCCACAACCAGUGGCACAUCCUGCAGACCGCCUCCUUCGACUCCUGAUGUGCCAUGCAAAUGUGAGUGUGGAUGUGGCGCUGGAUGUGAUGCAGGCUGCGGGAUGCAGGACUCGGGACUCAGGACUCAGGACUCGGGCUGCCGGAUGCAGGAUGCUGUUGAUGCUGCCGCUCCACUCGGAAUGACAAAGUGACUUGACUGACUGGGCCGGCUGGGCGAACUGUUUGAGAACGGGACGAACGAGAGUGCUGCUGCAUUCGACCUCGCUUUAUUUAUUUAUAUUUCCAUCUCCCCCCGCCCAGAGCCCCCAUUUGCCAUGUUUUUCUCCUUGUGCUUUUAAGAA